AUGGAGGUUGUGGAGGACAGGCGCGUCAGAGUGUUGUGCUUCCAAGACGACGGAUUCAGGAGCACAAUGGAGGACGCUCACUCUGUAGCGGCAUGCGCCGGGGGCAACGUCUCGUUGAUAGGUGUGUAUGACGGACACGGCGGGGAUCAAGUGGCACGCUUCUGCGCCGGCAGCAUGAGCACCAUUCUGGAUUGCAAUCAGGCUUUCCGGGACGGCAACUAUGCAAGGAGCUUGCAUCAGGUAUUCAUGGAGGCAGAUUCACGGGCUCCAGGUGCUGACUGCUGUGGGAGUACAGCGACCGUGGCUCUGGUUACCGAUGACGGCCAGGUUUUUCUUGGCAAUGUUGGCGAUUCUUACUGCUGCUUGUUUGUGGAUGGGUACGUGAUGGAUAUCAGCCAGGAGCAUGACUGCAAGUGUCCUGGGGAGCUAGACAGGGUCGUCAAGGCGGGUGGCUAUGUGGAGAGGGGCUCGAAGGGACGCAUAACUUUGGCUGGCAAGGAAGACGAUGUCGAUUCGCUCAUGGUGACCCGCAGCAUUGGAGACUGGUCAUUCAAGAGCAAUCCGCAGCUGAGUCGAGAAGAACAAGCCGUGAGUGCCGUUCCGGACAUUGUCAACUUUGAGAUUUCCAAAGGCUGCCACUUCCUUAUUCUUGCUUCGGAUGGAGUGGAUAAAAACAGCAUAGACGAUUACCAUUGUGGACAGAUUCAGAAGGCGUUGCAGGCCAGAGACUAUGAACAACUGAAGCAGGUUGUCUACAAGAUCUUAGCGUCUUUGAAGAACGACAACCAAACGCUGCUCUUGGUCGAGUUGAAGGCAGCUACUAAGCAACAAUUUGGUAAGUCAACAACAGGUGUAGCUUCGCCCAGAGAUACGCAUCAACAAGAGAUGCGCUCACAACCGAGCAGCUGGACACCGGCAAUGCCUGGGGGCAACGCCAGGUCGACGAUCAUCGCUGGGGCAAGAACCAAUGCUGCUGUGGAUUCUCCAUCUCUGGCCGCUCGACGACCACGACGGCAUCGAGGAAUUCAGCGAGGCGAUAGAGGGCGAGAUCAAGAAACUCGAGGACGUCUUCAUGAAGCGCCCGAUUGCCAGGAUCAGACGAUCGGCAUUUGA